AUGGCUGAGCCUCAGCAGAGCCAGGAGGUCAGUGAAGAAGAGACUCACUGCCCCACAGCUGACUCUGUUGAUUUGGAGGAUGACCACUUUGAGACUGUAGAAGAAAUACCAGUGAAUGAAGUGCAAGAGGAUAAAGCUCUUCCUCCUCCACACCUCACAGACAGGAUAUUUUUCAUUGAUUUAGCAAACAAGCAACUGCAAACCAUCUCACCAGAGGCCUUGAGUCCAGAACACCUGGAAGAGCUGCACUUGGAAAAGAACCAGAUUGUAACCAUCCCCGAAAGCAUCAAGUGCCUGAAGAAGAUAAAGGUCCUCUACCUGGAUCAGAAUCACAUACAGGACAUAUGUGAAGAACUGGGGGAGCUGAAAAGUCUUCUAAACUUAGAUUUAAGUAACAAUCCCCUCUCUUGUAGCUCACUGCCAGUUAUCAGCAAGUUACAGUCCCUUCGUCAGCUCAGGCUCUAUAAAAUAAACUUGCAUGAAAUCCCUGUGCAGAUCUGUGAAAACCUGAUUCAUCUUGAACUGCUUGGCCUUUCUGACAAUAAUCUUGAGUGUUUGCCUAAAGAAAUAGUGAACAUGAAAAAACUCAAGGAAAUUUACCUCCAGAAAAAUAAGUUUGAAAGUUUCCCCGAGGAGCUUUGUCAUAUUGCUAGUUUAGAAAUAAUAGAUCUGGAACAAAACCUAAUCAGUUUCAUCUCAGACAAGGUAGGGUUUCUGACAAACUUAGUUAAGCUAUUUUUAGCUUUUAAUGACUUAUCUUUCAUUCCUCCUACACUGCAACACUGCCAGAAGCUGGCUGUGCUGGAUCUGUCUCACAAUCUCCUGUUCAAGCUUCCCUCAGAUUUGAAGAAUCUCACUGAAAUGAAAAUAUUCAGACUGUCCACUAACAACCUGAAGAAGUUCCCAAGACAGAUCUGCUGCUGGACAGCCCUUUCUCAUGUUUAUCUGAGGGACCUCGGACUGCACAAGGUGCCCAGGUCCUUCAGGAGAUUAACCAGAGUCAAGGUACUGGAUCUGAGUGAAAAUUGCUUUGAUAAGAUUCCUAAAACAAUAUGCACCAUGAAAAAUCUGGAAGUACUGACCCUGGAUGGCAAUCAGAUAGAGAAGGUACCUGUGGAGGUGAAAAAACUGACAAAUCUGAAGUGCAUUAGCCUGUCUGAUAACCAAUUCAGUGCCUUUCCAAUGGAAAUCUUUCUCCUGGAGUCAUUAGAGAUACUGUACCUGGGACAAGAGAACGGAAUUAAAUUCACAGGUCUGCCAGAAGAGAUCUGCAAAUUACAGAAUCUGAAAGAACUGCAUGUGGACAAUAAUUGCCUGGAGUACCUGCCUGUAACCAUUGGCUCAUUGACCAACUUGAAAAUACUUGACUGUAACAACAAUCUCCUUAAAAAGCUCCCAGACUCUGUAUGCAAACUACAAGGUUUGCAAACACUUCUUGUCCAGAGAAAUCACCUGACCCAGCUGCCCAAGGAUUUGGACAGUCUUCAGGAGCUGAAGCUGCUCCUUGUGGAUGAGAACCCUAUGACUGACCCUCCAACUGAAGUGUGCUGUCAGGGGAUAAGUGCCAUCUGGCAAUACUUGAGGGAAAAAAGGCACAAAAAGGCCAAGCUACUAAAGAUCCAAAAAAUUAUCAGUACCUUGUUUGGAAAUCUGGAGGAGGAUUUCAGGCAGUCAGAAGAUAUGAACUUCCACCAGAAGAACCUGCAUGACCAUCCUGUCUUCCAGAAGUGUAAAAAACUGUUUUGA